AUGAGCCAUGUUGUUUGGAACUCGUACACAAAAGAUGCAUUUGACAGAAAUUGGAACGAUUUCCUUCUAAAGUAUGGCCUCGGAAGGAACAAGUGGCUUUCAGAGCUGUACGAGGAUCGGCAUAUAUGGAUUCAAGUUUACUUGGAUCACCACUUCUGGGCUGGGAUGAGAAGCACACAAAGGAGCAAGAGCAUACAUUCAUUUUUCAACAAGUUCAUCACACUGAACAGCUCCCUGAGACAAUUCGUGAAGCAAUACGACAAUUGCCUAGCAAGCAUAGAGCAAAGAGAAAGAGAAUUGGAUGCUGCAGAUUUUCACACCGUGAUACCGUGUGCAACAAAAUCAGCAAUAGAGGCACAGUUUCAGCAUGUGUAUACCCACGAGAAGUUCAGGGAAGUUCAAGCUCAAUUCGGAGGUAAAGUGAACUGUAUCACAAGAUCAAUGCAUUCCACCCUAGGUUUCACAACAUACGAAGUCGUAGAGCAGGUUUCGAACUCCACAUUCAACAAGUUUGUCAUUACCUAUGAUGCAAUAUCACGAGAGGUAAAGUGCCAGUGCUUGCUGUCCGAGUCAAGAGGCAUAUUGUACCACCAUUCCCUAAGCGUCCUAAGCUUUGAGCGAGUGUAUAAUAUGGCACCGAAAUACAUACUAGAACGCUAG